CCUAAUACGAGUCUUGCUUCAAGUUUCUCAAGUCAAUGAACCAAUUGUAUAACAAUUUCGGCGUACAUAAGAUUCGAGAAUUGUACGAUCUGGCUUGAUGCUAGGUCGUAGUGCACAGUAUAAUGGGGAUGACAACAUAUCCACAAGCCAUUCUACGAUAUAACUGAGAGGCUCGAUAAUGGCGACUUGCUCCUAUCAAUCUCUUUUUCUUCUUCCCUCCUCUUCCCCCUUGCGUUUUACAUUGAAUAUGGCACAUAUGGAUUUCUACUUGUUCAUUGGGUGACACUGCCGAGGAAACGGAACACAAGCCGAAACCGAUAGAUAGCGGGUGGGGGAAGUACCAAAUAUCCGCCUGCACUUCCCAUAGGACGCAUUGAAUGAUACGGGUCCUGUUUUUGAGAUCUGUCUUAGCACCUAACUUGUGUAUCAAUAGGUAGGCCUACGGCUAUCCCUGUGGUUGCGGAAGGUGGAUGCGGAAGUUCACAAACGGCAGGCCGACACCCGGAGCGAUUGCCGAGGGAAAUUCUUCCUUUAUUUAAAGUUCGGUCUUCCUUUCUUAGUUCGGGCGAUUCAAACAGCUUCCCCGCAACAACUCCAUACUAUUUUCUGUUCACGUAUGCCGUACUAGUUGUCAAUUCAGCUGGAAAGCGUUUAUAUAACCAUAAAGAGCUUAUUCGACGUCGCUUCCACUUCUGUUUGAGAAGAUUAUUAUCUGUCACCGCGCAUUAUACUACCCAUCAUCAUGAAUCGAUCAUUGCUCCGUGCGGCUUCACGUCACCUCCAGUCGGCAAGCCACGUGCACAAGGCGCCCGCAGCUUCACUCAAUGCGCCGGUGCGCAGUUUCGCGACCGCCUUCAACUGGGAAGAUCCUCUGGCUGCAUCGGAGCUGUAUACUGAGGAGGAACUGGCGAUACAAAACACGGCGCGACAGUAUUGCCAAGAGCGCUUGUUACCCCGGGUUCUCGAUGCUUAUCGAAACGAAAACUAUGAUCGCAAAAUACUGGAAGAAAUGGGCGAACUGGGUCUUCUCGGCGCCAGCAUUGAGGGCUAUGGUUGUGCAGGUGCCAGCACCGUUGCAUCGGGUCUGAUAACUAAGGAGGUUGAACGAGUGGAUUCCGGAUACCGAUCAGGAAUGUCUGUGCAGAGCUCGCUGGCGAUGACAGCCAUCUAUGAGUUUGGAUCCCAGGAGUUAAAGGAUAGAUUCCUGCCAGAACUAGCCAAGGGAAAGAUUGCUGGUUGUUUUGGACUUACGGAGCCUAACCAUGGCUCAGACCCUGGCUCUAUGGAAACAGUUGCGCGAGAGCAUCCUACUAAGAAGGGCUAUUAUUCGCUCUCUGGCACGAAGACUUGGAUUACGAACUCCCCCAUCUCCGACAUAAUGAUAGUAUGGGCCAAGCUGGAGAGCACAGGUAAGAUCCGCGGGUUUGUGGUGGAACGGGACCAAUGCCCCCCAGGAACCUUGGAGACUCCGGCCAUCAAGAAUAAGACCGCCUUACGGGCGUCUAUCACCGGUAUGAUUCAAAUGGAUGACUGCCCGGUACCAAAGGAGAAUAUGUUCCCCGAUGUUGAAGGCCUCACUGGCCCUUUCACCUGCCUUAACAGUGCUCGACUAGGAAUCGCCUUUGGUGCCAUGGGGGCUCUUGAAGACUGCCUAAGCCGUGCCCGGACCUAUGCCUUAGAGCGGAAGCAGUUCAAGGGCAACCCUCUGGCGAAGUAUCAGCUAAUCCAGAAGAAGUUGGCGGAUGCUGCCACGGAUGCUGCUUAUGGGACGCUAGCAGCGACCCAGGUUGCUAGGCUCAAGGACCAAGGCAAAUCUACCCCUGAAAUGAUCUCCAUGAUUAAAAGACAGAACUGUGACCGGGCCCUGGCCAACUCCCGGAUACUUCAAGAAGUCUUCGGCGGAAAUGCAACCAGCGACGAAUACCAUAUCGCUCGGCAUGUAGCCAACCUGUUUGUGGUGCAAACGUACGAGGGCCAGAGCGACAUUCACACGUUGAUUCUGGGGCGCGCCAUCACUGGAGUCCAGGCGUUUGUUUAGGACACUCGCCGCUGUCAUCCUCGUAGAAUCGCUUGCGGCUAAUUUGGAAUCAAUAAUGUGUGUAUAUAUAGUAGUUGGGUAGACAGAGAGAACACAUCAAGUCAAAUAACAGUGUUCAAUGUCUUACUAAGCAAGUUAAUUGCCCCAUGACUAUUGCUGGCCUAGCUUCAAUCAUUACUACUGGGAGUACGGAGUAGAGCCUUCGAGAAUCGGUGGUGCCCUAUAGGCACGUGAUAUUAGACUGCGCCAUGUGGGCACGCGAGGCUUGAUUAGGCUUAUAUGAGAAUGAUCCGACAUUUUGAUGAAGACCUGAACGGGAAGUCGCUGAAAGGGGAGGAAGUAAUUCAAGAAUACCUUGGAUCAUAAUACACACACACACACACACACACACACAGAGAGAGAGAGAGAGAGAGAGAGAGAGAGAG